AUGACAGAAUUUAUGGAGCAUACAGAUAACAUUGUCAAUUAUAGGAAUUUACUAGAUCUAUCUGACAACAGUAUAACCUGCAUACAUGAGGUUGAAUUUAAUAGGCUGUCAAAUCUAUCGAGACUAGAUCUAUCCGACAACAGCAUAACGAGCAUACAGGAGAAUGCAUUUAAUGGUUUGACAAGUCUUACACGUCUAUAUCUAUCCGGCAACAACAUAAGCAGCAUACAGGAGAAUGCAUUUAAUGGUUUGACAAGUCUAACACGUCUAGGUCUUUCCGGCAACAGCAUAACCACAAUACAGGAGAAUGCAUUUAAUAGUCUGUCUAGUCUACAGUAUCUGUAA